UCAUGUGCUGCCGUCCUCAGUCUAAAGCAAAAUGACCCCGGAUCAUAACAACAGGUCCCGUCCAUUACACUUCUCUCUCUCUGCACAAUGACGGCGGCAACUCGUCCUUCUCUCUCAGCGAACAUCUGACUCUAUAACGUGGACGCCUUGGAGCGGAGGAUCAACCGGUUUAUUUACGGAGAGCGCACAUAUUUGGACUUACGGAAAAGAAAAAUGCCACGUGUUUUUUAAGAGCCAAAUAGUGUUUUUGCAGCGGCUGGGAUCGAUCUGCGUCGCGCGUAAAGACUUGCGUAAUGCGUAAAAGCGCAUUAACGCGAAGCCAAGUAAAUGUGUUGUGCUAAUAACCUCCGCUUUCAUAACUUUAAAAAUCCCGACUGUGUUUUUCUGCGAUUCAACUGGAGUGUAGAGGCUGUUUGAAUGCCGCGCUGCGACCGUCGAAAAGGCGACUCUGAGUCAGGGUUUGUUUGGCGGAGUUUUAUUGUACAUUUUCACUAAACCGCUAUUUUUUUUUAUUGCCUCCGGCAUUGCGCAUGCGCUCUGACUGCGCUCUGUCACCAAGACAUUUUUCUUCAAGUUGGAAACUGUCACCAGUGACGUCAAUCACCAGGCUCUGACCAAUUAGAGCGCAGGAUGAUUGUUUAGCUCCACGGGCUGCAGCGCCUACCAUGAAUCUCUAUUCAGUAUCAAAGCGUCCUGCUGCUGCCUCUCAACCGAAUGGGAUUCCAUGUAGUUCGCAGAUAGACUUAACUUUAUGAACUUUUUUUUUUUUUUUCGUUAUUUCUCACCGCGAUUAAAAUAUAUUUGUCAUCAUCAUUAUUAUUUUGCCUGCUGUCAACUUGUUCUAAAAUUAGGAGAGUAAUGAGCGUGGAUGCACUGGGAAGCCCCGUGAUGGACCCUGCGUUUUCCAAACGGAACACGGCGCUGAGAUUAGUUGACUUGGCAGGGGCUCACCACCAUCACCAUCAUCACCACCAUACCCCUCAGAGCGUGACAGGCUUCCCGGGGUUCAGCAGCCAUCCACACUCAAUGGCUCACUCGCACCCUGGGGAGAUUACUGCGGAACCCCGCCUGGGGCCGAGUCCAUUCGGGCCAGAACACAUGGGGCACUCUGCGGCCCUCAAAAUCAGCCCAGCCCAUCAUUAUCCCCACCACCAUCACCACCACCACCACCACAAUCAUCAUAUGGCAGGCCACAGUGAAGUGGUCUCCAGUCAAACGGGAGCUUUUGGCCCGGUUCAGGCGACGUCGGUGCCGUACUCUAUGCCUCACUCAUCCGCAGGUAGGGACUUUCUCAUCCGGAGAGACCUGACAGCUCAAGCCAUGCCCGUGCUGACCGACCAGACCGCAGGAACUCACCACGGACUGUUUGUCUCAACAACAGGUAGCUAUCCCGGACACUAUGGUCACCACCCCGACGCCGGGAACCUCUUCUCCGGACUGCACGCCGACCAGACCCCGAGCGGAACUCCGGGUGGCCAAGCUUUAAAUGGACAAAUAAGGUUGGGACUACCCGGAGAAAUGUACGUUCGGUCUGAUCACUUGAGUCCCGGCUCCAGGGCGGAUCCGUUCUCGUCGCCCCUGCACGGCUACGGUGGUCUGAAUCUGAACAUGAAUCUGAGCGCCCACCACCACCCGCACCACCACCACCACCACCCCGGUGCCGGAGCCUUUUUCCGUUACAUGAGGCAGCCGAUCAAACAGGAGCUCAUUUGCAAAUGGCUGGAGCCGGAGCUCUCCCCGAAAAAACUUUGCUCCAAAACUUACAGCACAAUGCACGAGCUGGUCACGCACGUGACAGUGGAGCACGUCGGUGGACCGGAGCAGGCGAACCAUAUCUGCUUCUGGGAAGAGUGUCCGCGAGAGGGCAAGCCAUUCAAAGCCAAGUACAAGCUGGUCAAUCACAUCCGAGUGCACACGGGGGAGAAGCCGUUUCCCUGUCCGUUCCCCGGCUGCGGGAAGGUGUUCGCAAGAUCCGAGAACCUUAAAAUCCACAAAAGGACGCACACAGGUGAAAAGCCUUUCAAGUGUGAGUUCGACGGCUGUGACCGACGCUUCGCCAACAGCAGCGACCGGAAGAAGCACUCCCACGUCCACACCAGCGACAAGCCUUACAACUGCAAGGUCCGCGGCUGCGACAAGUCCUACACGCACCCCAGCUCCCUGCGGAAGCACAUGAAGGUCCACUGCAAGUCCCCUCCGCCCAGCUCCGGCUACGAGUCGUCCACUCCGUCCCUGGUGUCGCCCUCCUCUGACCUGGGCAGAGAUCCGGGCCCCUCGGCGCUGUCCGACUCCGUGGGGGCUUCGCAGUCCGCCAAUUUAAGUGAGUGGUACGUGUGCCACAGCUCCGGUGCGAGCGGCCCACAGACCCCACCCAGCGGCGCGUCCACGCCAGACCCCACGCAGGAGUACAGACACGCAGAGCGGAGGGACGCGUUUUAGCGCGCAGACACCAGUCUCCCAACUGGUUCCAGUGCCUCUCCAAAAGCCCCACGUGGACACACUCCACUCUAACGAGAAUAUAUAUUUUAAAGGUUCAGCUAUUUAAAAUAGUUGGCGCAGUGGCGUGUUGUCUCGGCAUGUGUACAUGUACCCUGUAAAUAGUCUAUUUAUUUUUCAACAUCGGAGGGUUUUUUUUAAAUCACCCAACCAAAGUGCAUGUUUGAAAACAUAUUUGUAAAAUGGUUGUGUCGAUGUUGUUAUUUGUAGCCUUAAUGUUUACAAUGAGCCUGCAGUAAAUGAAAACCAGCGAAUAUUUCAAAAAUGUUUUUUUAUUGUAAAGAAGUGGCCAAUUUGUCAUUCAUUUUUUUUGUAUCGUUUUCUUUUUUAAAUGUCCAAACUGGAAAAGCACUCAAAUAGCGAACCGAAUUGCCUUGUCAUUUGUGAAUAUUUUGAAUAAAUCUUGUAUGAGAAAACAUGAAAAAGCUACAUUUUUAUUCUGUACAACAGCGUUUUAAGCUUUAGAAGCAUCUUGACGUGACCAAUAGUUCUUACACGUUUUAUUAAUCUUAGUAGACACAGACAUCAUGAUAUAUCUAAGCAGUUGAAAACUAUUUUAAAAAGUUUGUCAAGUGUGUCGUGUGUUUUGUGAUUCAUACAUUUAUUUUGACGAACUUGACCAAUGAGAAUCUCAUUGUUUCAGCAAAUCAAAUCUCUUCUUUGGUGAAGCAGCAACUGACUUCUCUGUAAUUCAACUUCAGUUUCGCGCCGUGUUUUCUUGUUUGUUGUUGAAGUGUUGAUCAUCUGGGUGUGUUGACUUUUUAUUAUACGUAACGACCGUUUGGAAUUCUAUUCUGGUUGUGAUUUUAAUUGAAUAAAUGAAUGAUAAAUUCUUUAAGCAACUAAAUAUGUCGGGGAGAUGCGUCGAUGUUUCCUAAAUAACUUCACACAGCCUUCUUUGUUGCUGAUGGUUUAAGUUAAAUACGUUUAAAAAGAGAGACAAAGCACGGAGCUUUGUUCAAAAGUCCGAGCUAAUAUUCUUAAAAAUCACUUGCGAGAAACGAUAUAUGUUGACGUCACAAUCCAGAAAUACUUUGUGAAACCUGACAUU